CGCGUCGAUCGCGCGAGAUCGCGACCGCGCGCGCGACGUGCGACCGCGCGCGCGUCCGCGAUAAUGUCCGCGAGCGACGACGGCGACGCGGGCGACGCGGGGACGACGCGCGAGGGCGCGACGGCGCGGGACGCGCGACAGGCGUGGAUUUCAUUCGGCGACGACGACGCGACGGAUGCGACGGUGGACGCGCGCGCGGGACGCGGGGACGCGCGGGAGACGGACGUUCGCGCGGAGGACGUCGAUGAGCUGGCGCGCGCGCGCGCGCGGUUGGUGGAGGCGGAGACGAACGCGCUGCGGGCGACGAGCGCGCUCGACGCCGAGCGAAGACGGCGAGAGGAGGAGCGCGCGCGAACGCGCGGGUUGAUCUUAGCCGCGGCGGGGUGCGCGACGAUCGAGACGAGCGCGAGGGAUGAUUUCGGAGAGAGCGCGGACGCGAUGGGAGGGACGAGGAUGGUUUCGGCGUACGCGGCGGCGGAACGGGGAGGGGAGCGGCGCGCGCUGGAACGCUUCGUCGAGCGGGCGAGGGAGGGGAAGACGGCGAGCGAGGGAGGGGUGAAGAUGACGCUCGCGGACGCGGAGGCGGUGCUGGAGGACUUUAGAACGCUGGAUGCGGUGUUAGAGGCGGCCAAGUCAGAGGCGACGAUGCGGGAGGCGUUGUUGGCGCGCUUACAAGCGGAGACGGAGUCGAGCGCGCGGAGACUGCGAGAUCACGACGAGGCGCACGCGCUGUUGACGGCGGAGAUCAGUGACUUGCGCCAGGCGCUCGCGAAGUCGAAAUCGGAGGCUAAUGGCUUGGCGGAAGAAACGACGGCGCUGAAUGAGGCUUUGACGAGCGCGAAGGCGGAAGCGCUCGAAUGGAAAAACGCGGCGGAGACAUUAAAGCAAAUGCGUCCGAACGACGCGGCAGUCGGCGUCGGCGAAGGUGGCACGGGGAAUAAAAUGUUAGUUUUAGAGCUCGAGUGCGCGCUCGAGGCGUUGACGACGACGAGAGCUGAGCUUCAAGACGUCGGCGCGCGGCUGUUGGAAACGCAACAUCGCGCUGAACGCGCGGAGAAGCGUGAAGCUGUUGCCGCGGCGGCUUUGGAAGCAAGCGAAUCUCGUUCAAAAACAUCACCGAGCACCGUUUCGCUCGGUAACAAAGGGGCGUCGCGAGAAUUGAAAGAACGACUCGAUCGCGCUGAAGUUCGCGUUGCGCAGCUCACGAGACGACUGGAGGCGAUCGGAGGUGAACAUCGCAAAGAACUCGCGAUGCUUCAAGCUGAACACGAGCGACUCUCGUUGAACUUGAAAAUGAUGCACCUGACGCACGACGACGCGACGGAAGUGAUGCGGUUAGAAAUAGGGGACGCGACGCGCGAAGCCGCCGCGCGCGCGAGCGCGGAAAGAGAUGAAUAUUGGCGUCGCAUUUUGGAUGAAGAACGAGAGUGUCACGCGAACCAAAUCGAGAGUGUUCGUCAAGACGUCGAAAACGAACUCAUCACAAAGAACACCAAGUUGAACAGAAUCAAGCACGACCUCGUGCAAAUGCUGAAAGAUGCAACGUGA